AUGCACAACCUGCGACGAGCUGUUGGGCCCGCAUUGGCACGCCGGAUAACCCCCGGUUUUCGAAUCCAAUCCUGGUGCCUGCGGAGAUGCCAAGCUACCGCGGCUACGGACGGCCCCGCGAUUACGGCGACGAACAAAGCUGAGGCAAGCCUCAAACGUUUCUGGAAGACGGUCGGCGUUGAGGAGAAAGACGGGACGUAUGCGGUCACGCUUGACCAACGCACUCUGAGGACGCCUGGAGGGAACCGGCUUCUGCUCCCCAAAGAGAAGAAGUUGGUCGCAGCCCUCGUAGCGACCGAAUGGGAUAAUCAGGAGACGUUACUCAAGCCUCAUGCAUUGCCAAUGACGUCCCUUGCUUCCAGAGCUGUUGACGCAUUCAAAGACCCGGAAACUCGGAAGCAAGUGCGCAGCUCAUUGCUGAAAUACUUCGAGACCGACACGAUAUGCUUUCACGAGACAGAACCUCCGGCUUUGGUUGAACUGCAGAAGAAGCACUGGCAUCCGAUACUAGAUUGGGCGCGCUCUACUUUCGGUGUCGAGAUCCACGCAUUCGACUCCCUGCUGGCGGGGCCACAGCCUCCAGAGACCGUACAGAAGUUCGACGAAAUAAUGCAAUCGUUAGACGCUUGGGAGCUGGCUGCCCUGGAACGGACGACAUACGUCACCAAAUCCUUCCUAAUCGCCCUCGCGUUGGUCAAGAGGCAGAUCACUGCCGAAGAAGCCGCCCUUGCCUCCCACGUGGAGGUCAAUAGCCAGAUACAGCGCUGGGGCGAAGUAGAGGAUUCUCAUGAUGUAGAUUAUCACGACGUAAGGCGGCACUUGGGAAGCGCUUCCGUGCUGCUGUCAGCGGUAUAAGUUAUUAUCUUGCUAAUGCCAUUAUGCUUUGGAUGCAUCGUUC